AUGGCCUCAUCAGUGGCAAACAGCCACCCGGUCCCAUCACCUCCUCCAGCAUAUCUCCGAAAUUCACCACCACUAGCUUUGCACAGUUCCAACGCCCAGUCCACUCCUCGAACGAUUCCAGUGCGACCAAAUAACUUGAGUAUUAUCGGAAAGAUCGGCAAGCAAAUCGCCAUCAACACUAAAUCCGAAGAAGCCGUGCUUCAAAACGCGCCGCGCUCCCCAGUGAAGAUCAACAGAGUGGAGACUCCCCAGGCAUCAAGCGUAAAAAUUGAAAAUAUUCGCCAUGGUUCAGCUUCACCGAAACCCGGUCUUCCAGAGUUCGCGCACUUGUCUCUAGAAGACCCCACACCCCCACAACAUUCUUGGGACCCUGCAUAUCUCCCACGGAGAAACUCCCCGCAAAUGAUGGCAUAUCCAAAGACACAACUGUACAGCCACACGCCCAACAGCAGUGGCUCAUGGUCGGCUGAGGAGUCACAACCCAAGGCAAACCGAAAUGGAAGUAAAAAGCGUGGAUCGGUUGAUCGAGCUGCGGAGAGCAAUAACAGCUCUUCACAUGGGAGCCUGGAAAGCAUACGCCAGGUCUCGGAUAUCUACGAGCCACUACAAUACCACCAUAAUCAACCGGAAGCUGCGCAGGCAGCUGCGCUGGCAGCUAAGCGCUCAACCUUGGGUAUGCAGCAAACGGACAAAACAUCCUCUUCCACCGGCAACCUAGCUGUGCGAUCGAGAAUUUCUCGUCCAUUAUCGACAUAUUCAUCCGGCUCCGAGAUGGGAGCAAACACUCACAAACGUAAUCUCUCUGCAUCGCCGUACAUGCAUCCACGAUCAACGUCGAGAAACUCAACCGCAUCACCUGACAAUCGCUCAACCUCAUUUUUGGAUCUCUUGAAUACGUCGUACCCCCAGCCGGGUCCAAGUGCGGCGCAAUUUGAUAAUUCGCAGCUCAGGUCCUCGGUCGGCAACAAUGCGUCCCUUCUAAGCCACAAGGAAACAUUCGAAAUGUACCUGGGGAAUGUGAAGAAGACGGAUGAGCCGGCAGUGCAGUACGAAUUUGCGGUGUUCAUGAUUAAUUCCAUGCAUGAGAUGCCCCAGGUUGACCUCGAAGACUCGAACUCCAUUACGCGCGCCCGGCUUCUUCUAGAGGCCAAGUCCAUUCUUACACGCCUGGCGGAACGCAGCUACCCAUUCGCGCAGUAUUAUCUCGGCGAUGGUUUUGCAUCGGGUCUGUUCAACAAGGGCAAAAUGGAUUAUGACCGUGCAUUUCCACUCUUCAAAGCUAGCGGCAGACACGGUCAUGUAGAGGCCUGCUACCGCGCAGCUCUGUGCUUAGAAUUUGGCUGGGGAACCACUCCCAAUGCGCAACAAGCUAUUAUGUACUUUCGACAGGCUGCAUCAAAGAACCACCCCGGCGCAAUGAUGCGUAUGGCUGAAGUUUGUUUGGCGGGUGAUUUGGGACAACCAAAGAAAUAUCGAGAGGGCGUCAAAUGGAUGAAGCUUGCAGCCGACUCAGCGGAUGCGCAGUACAACUCAGCUCCAUAUGAACUUGGUUUACUUCAUGUGAAAGGAUUCGGCGAUGAUGUCUUUGCCGAUGAGUCCUACGCAGCACAACUGUUUACCAAGUCAGCAGAGCUGGGUCAUCCAGAGGCCGCUUACCGACUGGGUGAUGCAUAUGAACAUGGUGGUAAACUGAACUGCCCCAAAGAUCCUGCUCUCAGCAUCCACUUUUACACCGCAGCGGCUCAGAAACAACACCCACUUGCCAUGAUGGCCCUUUGCGCGUGGUAUCUGGUUGGAGCAGAGCCUAUUCUCGAAAGAGACGAAGAUGAAGCAUAUGAAUGGGCAUCUCGUGCAGCAAAUCUUGGUCUCCCCAAGGCGCAGUUCGCGGUUGGUUAUUUCACCGAGGUGGGCAUGGGAUGCCGACGUGAUCCUCUUGAGGCAAACGUCUGGUACGUGAAAGCUGCCGACCAAGGUGAAGAGCGAGCCAAGGAGCGUAUUGCCAGAAUCCAAGCUGCAGCUGAUGGCAAGAUUCCUUCUGGGCAAAGUCGGAAUGGAGGCCGCAACACAAGACAGAAGCCCAGUCAAGCUCAAGGUAUGCUCAAGUGUACUAUCCUCCCUUUUCUCUCAUGA